CUCCGGGCUCCCCGGCCAUGUCUCCCGCCCGGCUCCGGCCCCGACUGCGGUUCUGCCUGCUCCUGCUGCUGCUGCUGGUGCCGGCGGCGCGGGGCUGCGGGCCGGGCCGGGUGGUGGGUAGCCGCCGGCGGCCGCCGCGCAAACUCGUGCCGCUCGCCUACAAGCAGUUCAGCCCCAACGUGCCCGAGAAGACCCUGGGCGCCAGCGGGCGCUAUGAAGGCAAGAUCGCGCGCAGCUCGGAGCGCUUCAAAGAGCUCACCCCCAACUACAAUCCCGACAUCAUCUUCAAGGACGAGGAGAACACGGGCGCCGACCGCCUCAUGACCCAGCGCUGCAAGGACCGCCUGAACUCGCUGGCCAUCUCCGUGAUGAACCAGUGGCCCGGAGUGAAGCUGAGGGUGACUGAGGGCUGGGACGAGGACGGCCACCAUUCGGAGGAGUCGCUGCAUUACGAGGGCCGUGCGGUGGACAUCACCACGUCGGACCGCGACCGCAAUAAGUACGGACUGCUGGCGCGCUUGGCAGUGGAGGCCGGCUUCGACUGGGUGUAUUACGAAUCCAAGGCCCACGUGCAUUGCUCCGUCAAGUCCGAGCACUCUGCUGCAGCCAAGACGGGUGGCUGCUUUCCUGCUGAAGCCCAGGUGCGCCUGGAGAAUGGGGCACGUGUGGCCUUGUCAGCUGUGAGACCCGGAGACCGGGUGCUGGCCAUGGGGGAGGAUGGGAACCCCACCUUCAGUGAUGUACUCAUUUUCCUGGACCGCGAGCCACACCGGCCAAGGGCCUUCCAGGUCAUCGAGACCCAGGACCCCCCACACCGCCUGGCACUCACGCCUGCCCACCUGCUCUUCACUGCCAACAAUUACACAGAACCAGCGGCCCACUUCCGGGCCACCUUUGCCAGCCAAGUGAAGCCAGGCCAGUACGUGCUGGUGGCCGGGGUGCUGGGCCUGCAGCCUGCCCGAGUGGCUGCUGUCUCCACACACGUGGCCCUGGGGGCCUACGCCCCACUCACGAGGCAUGGGACGCUGGUGGUGGAGGAUGUGGUGGCCUCUUGCUUUGCGGCUGUGGCUGACCACCGCCUGGCUCAGUUGGCCUUCUGGCCCCUGCGACUCUUUCACAGCCUGGUGUGGGGCAGCUGGACCCCGGGUGAAGGUGUGCACUGGUACCCCCAGCUGCUCUACCGCCUGGGGCACCUCUUGCUGGAAGAGGGUAGCUUCCACCCACUGAGCAUGGCUGGGCCAGGAAGCUGAAGAGGUCCUACCACUGCCCUCCCGGACUGCCAUGCUGGGUCCAAAGGCCACUCCUCCAGGAGGGUGCUGGCCCCGGAAGAGACCUGAUCUAGGGGCACUGGCUCCCACCAUCUCCCCCACCAUGGAGAUACACCAUUAAGACUUGACUGGGCAAGGCCAGGAUCCCCCACCCCCAUCUGGGCGUAGCCACAGAGCUGCAAGCUGGCCUGGACAAGGUGAGAGUCCAGCUUUCUGUCUUAGAGUCCUCGAGGCUGACAUGGUGGGUCCCAACCCAGCCAGUUCUCACUGAAAUUUUUCAUACCCUGUGUCCCCCGAUGGGGAGGGCCCAUUCCAUCUGACUUAGGCACUCCACCUCAGGUGGGCUUGCACCUCAGUUGAUGCUGCUAGAUUCCCUGGGAGCCUGCAGGGAGCUGACAGGACUCAGUGCUGCCCAGAACCGAGAAGGCCUCUGGUGGGGCAGCCAACCUGACCAUCUCAAAGCAUGCCCUUCCUCCCUGGCCACACUCCUCCAGACACACUUAGAGACUGUUGCUGUCAGUGGACAGACUUCUGUGCUCCAGCCAAUGUGACCAUCGUGCCGGGAUGGGGGGGGGGGGCUGUCUGUCCUUCCCACCCCUGCCCAGGCUAGGCUCCCUUUUCUGCUGGUGAUCCCCACCCCCUCCUCUGGUCAGUUUCCUCCCCCCUUAUUUAUUGGCGUGGAGGGGGAAGCCCACGGACGAAU